UCGAUACGCAUGGUGUGAUACGAAUUUAAGAUAUCAUUAGCAAAUAACGCAUGCGGUAACCAAUCAAUUCUUCGCCUUUCUAUUCUAUUCUUUGAUGUGGAAUUAUACAUACGAAUAUAUACCGGUGCAUUUAUGGGAUAUAAAUAAUUGUGUAUUAAUUAUGGCAUAGUGUAUUCAUAAUCAAGAAUAAUUGAGUGAUUGAGUGUUUUGGAUAGUCUAAAAUAACCUAUCUUGGACAAAAUAUAACGUGAAUUGUGGGAUUUAAGUCACUUUGUUGUUUAUAAUAGAUAGAUAUGGCAUCAUCAUGUAUGAUUUUGCAACGCGGUAUUGCAACUUCGUGCGUCUGUCAUGGAAAACGGAAUUUUCGAAAAUUUUUGCUGUACAACAAACGUGGCAGUCGUAAUUUUAAAAAGCAACAAGCAGAAAAUCCAGAUCCUGAUAUACCAAUAGACAAGAGAGGUGUAAGGGAUACUGGAUACAAGCUGGAUAACAAAUGGGUUCAUGUACCAGAGAUGGUUCCUGAAUUAAUUGUUCCUUCAUUAGAAGGAUUUACAUUGAAGCCUUAUGUUUCGUACAGAGUUGAAAAAUUUACACAACCUGAAUUUACCGCUCAAGAUUUAUUUGACAUAGUAUAUGCUAAAAAAAUAGAAGAAGACUUUGCAAACGGUCAGUUAAAUGAAAAUGGAGAGCCAUUAAAUCCUAGUGAACACGAAAAGCUUACGCCACAACAAGCUAAAGACAAUGCUGGAAAAACAGGCUGUGAUAUUUUUAACCAGAUGAAAAAGUAAGUCCUUUAGUAUUUAUAUAUGUAAUAUAAAGUGUAAGUUUUUGUGGGGGUGUGUACCAUGUAAAAAUAAAGAAUCUUUAACAUGCCCGCAUAAA